UGAAGUAGCAACAAUAACAUUAUUGUUAUUAAUUUUAUAUUAACAAAAUUUUAUUAAACAAAUUAUUAUACAUCCAUUGUGUAUAGUUAUGUAAUUGUGUAAAUUUGUCUAUUCCAUUAAUUGAAAUUUACAAAUAUGUUAAAUGUGUUAAAAGAAUUUGUGACACAGUUUUUGUGAUUGCCCUCCUGUGUUUAUAACCUGUAAAAAAAAAAAUGUACACAAAGUUCUAUAUUUUUGUGUUCAUUUUAUAUUAUCUUGUUAAAAUUGAAAAUGCCAAUGUUUGUUAUCCUAAUUAUUGUCAAAAUAAGACCCUGUUAAAACCAGAAUUGGAAAUAUUGUGCCUUUUAACACCUGUAGAGAGAGGAGAAGAAUCUGGAAUGCUGUGCUUUCUGGCAUCUCUAGGAAAGGAGAAAGAAUGUGUGAAUCUAAAAUUCGAUAAUUUGGGACAUUUGCCACCACAUGGUGUACCUUUGGUAAAUUUGAAAUUAUCAGCCUAUGUUGUUUCGGGAAAUUUGAAAGAUAAAGCAACUGCUUUUAAUCUUUCUAUAUCUGACAUUAAUUUUCGCAGGCUCGUGACAAGAUAUCAAAGUGCAAGUCAAGAAAAAUUGUCAGCUUGUCGUCAUGUUGAAUUUUAUGGAAAUAAAACACAACAAUGGCCAAAAGAUUUUUUUGUUUCGUGUCCAUUUUCAGAUGAAACAUACGAAACAACUCCAUAUCGUUUGGAAUAUUUAAUUGAAUCAUAUAAUUAUGAAUAUAGUCGAAAAUUGGUAUUUAUCGUACCAAGACAUAGAUUUAUUGACGAUACAGUACGUGAUGUGAAAAUGUUUACACCAUUUGUUUAUGUUGAUGUUUCGGAUACAGUGACGUUGACAUUGUUUAUACAAACUGUACCUGAGAGAUUAAAUGUGUCUGAUUAUCGUGUUUGGUUGAUAAAUAAUAAUACUGGUAAAAUAAUUGAUUUGAUUUUUCGAGAAAAACGAAAUGGACAUAUUCAACAUUCUUUUCCCGUUGAUGAGGGAGUUUAUUAUUUUAAAGUUGCGGCUUUACAUUUCGAUUGCAAUGAAUAUGGCUGUGUAAACAGUACUUCACCGUUAAUUAGCAUAAAACAAGUUUCUCAUCGUCUUUUAAUAAUGAUUAUAAGCGUCAUUUGGAUACCGCCUGUUCUUUUCUAUGCUAUGUAUCAUGUCUAUAAAGUCUACAAAAAGAAAGUGAUGCUAAAGAAAACGGACAUAAAACCAAAUUGUCUAUUGGUUUAUUCGCCUACACAUUCCGCUCAUGUAAAUGUCAUGAUUGAAUUGACAAAAUAUUUAAGAGGCUGCAGCAUUAAUGCAAUGAUUGAUUCAUUAGAUAUUCCUGAAACUGCAAGCAAGGAUCCAGGUCUCUGGUGUAAUGAUGCAUUCCACAGUGCGGAUGUUGUUUUAAUAGCCUCAUCACCACCUCGUGAUGAUGUUUCAGUUCCUGUUAUUUAUCGUAAUAUGGAUAAACAAUCAUUAAGAUUGCUCAAAGAAAAUUAUCCUCAGGGUGAUAAAAAUUAUUAUUCUCUACAAUUUCCUUAUUGUGAAUUGGAUAGUGUUCCACAGGAAGCAAGACAUUUUAAACGUUUUUUUCUACCUGACGAUUUGGAAAAAUUGGUGAAAACAAUUCAUAAAGUUGAGAGCAUUGAAAUAUUUGGUGUCUCAUCGAGAAAUUUUAUUGAAGCGGUGAAAAUUGCUAAAAUUGAUGUUCUUCGCAUUGAUGACAAAAGUCCGAAAAAUUUGGAUGAGACCGAUAAUCUUUUAAUGCCUGUGAGUAAGGAAGAAUUUUUCGAUUUGAAUCAUGAUAAAGAGACUGAUGAUAAAGAUGGGGAUAUUACGGACGGUAGCGUGAGUCCAAAAUACUUCAAAACAAAUAUUGAAGAGCUCAAUUUACUUGGCGAUAAUGGCGAUGGUGAUCCUCUCACUUACGUGACGCCUAAUGAUGAAUCUGAAUUUCAUAUUGAGAAAUUAGAUUUGUAAUCUCACUGUUUUUUUUUUAGACUGAAUCUCGAAGACUUCACUUGAUUUUUUUUUUAAUUUUCAUAAUGAAUGAAGAACUUAUUUAUUUAGGGUGAGUUUUUUUUUAGAAACAUAUUUUUAGUCAAAAUGAUUUUUUUUUUUUCAUUGAAAUUUUUAAUGAAAAAUUUUCUAUAUAUUUUUUUAUCUGUCACUAUUUUUUUAAUUUUGAAAAUUUAAUAAAACUCGAAGCAUUUUGUCUUGUGAGUAAAGUAAAUUAUAAAAAUUAACGAAAAAAUUAAAUUUUUUGAAAUUUCUUAUAAUGUGAUAAAUGAAAUGCUUUAAAAAGAGAUUAAAAAUUAUAACUUAUAAUUUAAUUUAAUUAUCAUUUAAAAUGUGAUUAAAUUAAAUUUGUUCAAAAAUUUAAUAUAUAUUUAUUAAAAAAUAAAUUGUCUCUGAUUAAAAAUUGGAAACAUAUUUAAAGAGAUUUUUAUUGAAAAUGUUUUGGACUCUGAAUGGUACACAGUAUUGAGUAGCCAGUAGUGUUUCUUUCACUUUUUUUUUUGCAUAAGUGUGCGAUUUAUUAUUAUUUUUUUUUUUUAUUACAUAGUAAUUACAAGCAUUUAAUAACGGCGAGCUAAUUGGCCGUGAUAGACAAUCAGACAUUGGUCGAUAAUCCGUCUUACGAAUAAAAAGAAGCAAACAUUUUUACUUUCCAAAAACAAAAAACCAGUUUAAAAAAUUUAUUCUUCAACCCGCGACAAUUUCCACCAAUAAGUUGAUAAAAUAAAUUAAAAAGAUUUCAAAGAAUUUAGUACAAAAUUUUUUUUUUUUUAAUUAAAUAGUUUUUGAAAUCUUUUUAAUUUGAAAAUUUUUUACUAUAAUUUUUUUUUUACUUUUAACAUUUUAAUUUUUUUAUUAUUUAUAUUUUAUCAAUUGUUGAAUUUUAUUUUUUGUGGAAUUUGUCGCGAGUAAAGAAGCAUCAACUUAAAAAUAUAGAAUAAAAUGUACUUAAAUAAUGUGAAAGUAAAAAAGUUUAGUUUCAAAUUAAUCUUAAGAGAGCCGCCUUUUUGAAAUUAUUGUUAUAAUUGUUAAAGCAAUGCGAGCUUUUUUUUCUAUGAGGUAUACGUUGAAAAUAUUUAUCUAUUUUUUUUAAAUAAAUAGUGAUACUACUGGAAUGUGAUUUUUAUACAUAAAUACAAAAAAAAAAUGUUGAUAUAUAUAUUAUAAUUAAAAACUUUGAUUAGGUAUGGAAAACACAGUCUUUAUUUUGUUGUCAUAUGGAUUUGAAUAGAAAAAGAAAAGAAAUAAAAAAAAAAAUAAAAGAUCUUUGCGUAAUUGGCAAAGGGGCUCAAUAACUGUGGCUUUUAAAUAGUAAUUAGAAAAGUAGGAAACUUUUAUACAAAAUAGAUCUUAAGGAAGUAAUAAAAAAUAUUUUCUAUAUAAGAUUAUUAAUUUGGUUUUUUAAAGGAAGUUUUUUUGUGUUUGAUAAAAAAAAGAAAUCUUCGAUUAAUUGAGGAAAAUUAUAAAUAGCAAUUUAGCAGAAUUUUGCUGCUUUCGAUUGAUUGUAUAGGAAGAAUUUUGAAAAAAAAACAAAUGUUCGAAACUACUGUAAUUAGAUAAUUAUAAAUAAAUAAUGUUUAAAUAA